GGUUAUUCCACAUAAACCGAUUCUCAUAAUCGCUUAAUUUUAAAUAUGUAUAUAAUAUCGUUAUUAUGAUGCAUAACGUAUUGUGGAAUUCUUUUCUAUCGAAUGGCCUUUUCGCUAUUUCGAGGAGAGCGUUUCACAAAUCAGUAAAUUCCGAUAUACCAUUCAAAGGAAUCAAAAAUGUUAUUGGUUUUACAUACAAUCUAUCUUCUACCUAUGAAAGAAGCUGUAAAUGUUGUAAUAUUUAUCACUUGCAUAGAAAAUUUAUACAUAUGUCAAAUAUUAGACAAAACAAAGACCCAUAUAGCGUUUUGGGUGUUAGUAGAAAUGCAACGAAUGACGAGAUAAAGCGUAAAUUUAGAGAACUGGCCAAAAAGUAUCAUCCGGAUUUGAACCCAUCCCCGGACGCUAAACAAAAGAUGGCUCAAAUUACUAGCGCAUAUGAACUCCUUUCCGAUCCUAAGAAGCGUAAAAUGUACGAUCAAACUGGUAUGCAGUCCGACGACGCUGGUUUUGACCCCUCAGCUGGUGGAUUUGGCGGAUUUAGUGGCUUUGGUGACUCUUCAUUCAUGUUUACCGAUUUCGCUGAGAUGUUUUCAAGGAUGGCAUCUGGAAACGGAGCAAACACGUCUUUUACAGGGUCAGUAAGAGGGGAAGAUAUCCAGACUGAAAUAACAAUAAGCUUCAUGGAAGCUAUAAGAGGAUGUACGAAGAAUAUAUCUGUACCUGCUCGUGUUUCUUGUACUGAUUGCCAAGGCUUAGGAAGACAGCCUGGCACAUCUGUCGAUGUUUGUAAAGUAUGUAAUGGAACAGGUGUGCAACGAAUGGAAAGAGGACCUAUAAUCAUAGGUGUUCCAUGUAGGACUUGCAACGGGAGCGGUCAGAUUGUGCCAUAUCCAUGCAGAGCUUGCGGGGGCUCAGGUGACAGAGCACAAACAAAGACUGUGAACAUUGAUUUACCUGCUGGAGUGAGGAAUGGAAUGCAAAUGAGGAUCCCAAAUCAGGGCCAUGUGGGUGUAAGAGGAGGUAAAAAUGGACACUUAUUUGUCAACAUCAACAUACAACCACAUCACACGUUUAAGUGGAUUGACGAUGAUAUUCACGUGAAUGUACCAAUAUCUUUAAAACAGUGUUUACUUGGCGGCACCAUUUCAAUACCCACCCUCGAUGGUUCCAUGGAUAUGUCGUUAUCACCUAACUCUCAGCCAUUUUUUAUAAAAACUCUAAAGAACAGAGGGCCACCUAAAAUCGAUAGCAGGAAUAAUGGAAAUCUAAUUGUACAUUUUGAAUUAAAGCUUCCUGGAUCCUUGACCCCUAGACAGAAGGAGAUCAUUCACGAGUUCGAUAAGGAAACAUCCAAAGAAACCAAGGCAGAUUAUGACACUUCUUCAGAUGAGGAAUCCAAAAAAUGGUGGAAACGUGUCGUUUGCAACAAAAAGUAG